GUUUAUCGAUAACCUGAUAAUCGUCUGGGCCAAUCAUGUGGGGGGACCAGAGAGGGGGAAGUCUUUCCCACAUCCACUCCCAGAGCCAAUUCGACUCAACUCGUGAGAAGAAAGGAAGGCUAUAUGUUGUUAACAUUUAAUAGGGCUUGAACAGACUGCUCUAUAUAUCUCCUCCUAGUCAUCCUCCACGGAUUUCGUCACCGUCGAUGAUGAAACGCUCCGAUAAGCCCUUCUUUGCCACGAACCGCGCGAGAUAACUUCCAUUGCAUUCCUUUUAAGCAUUAUCCUAGAUAAAAUCUAUAAGAUGGCUGUGACUUGGAUUACGGCCACCGGGAUUGCGGUUGCCUCGUGUGUUCUGCUAUACACGUAUAUUCUAUAUCCAAUCCUCGUCUCACCAUUAGCGAAGAUUCCCAAUGCGCAUUUCACGGCACCUAUUUCUCCAGCAUGGAUUAUUUGGAAGCGCUAUAGAGAGCAGAACAACCGAACCAUCCAUGCAGCACACAUGAGGCUAGGCCCAAUAGUUAGGCUGGGACCCUCUGAAAUCUCGAUAAACUGCGUGGAAGGUGGUAUCAAAACCGUGUAUGGCGGCGGGUUCGAAAAGCACGAGUGGUAUCCAAGAGUCUUUGCCUCGCUUGACACUGUCAGCAUGUUCACCAUGACUGGAAGCAAAGAGCAUGCAAUUCGGAAGCGCAUGCUAUCGAAUAUCUAUUCAAAGUCUUUUCUCCAGUCCUCGCCGAACCUGAAGCUUAUCUCCAAAACAAUGAUAUAUGACCGGCUUUUGCCUAUUCUAGAAGAGGCGGCAUCGUCAAAAAAACCAAUCGAUGUUCACGACCUGAACUCUGCUCUGACUAUGGAUUUUGUUUCUGCUUAUCUGUAUGGGCUGUGCAAUGCUAGCAACUUGCUCCAAGACAUCUCGGUUCGGAAACACAUCCUACAUAACUAUCAAUGCAGAAAACCCUUUGAGUUUUACUAUCAAGAGGUUCCUAGUCUGAUUCCCAUUAGUCGCGCCAUUGGAAUUCCUGUUAUUCCCAAGUGGUGUCAGGAUGCAGGCAGCGUGAUGGACGAGUGGAAUUUGGACCUCUGCGAUAAGGCGGAUAAAUGCAUCACUUCUACAGAUCCGGAAUCCGAGCCAACCGUAUACAAACAGCUUAAAAACUCAAUGAGGAAACAGUCUAGCUUUCGAAAGGAUGAUCCAGAAGGCAAUGCGCAGGCACUUGAGCAACAGAAACUCGAUAUUGCUUGUGAGACAUAUGAUCAACUCACAGCCGGACACGAGACUAGUGCAACUGGACUCACCUAUUUAUAUUGGGAACUUUCUAAACAUCCUGAAAUUCAGACAGAUCUACGCAAAGAGCUGCACACUUUGACACCUCCAAUUUCCAGCCCUCCCAGUUCGAAAUCAGAGCUGCUUCUCCCAAGCCCCAAGGAUAUCGACGCGCUGCCUCUUCUGCAAGCAAUUAUUAUGGAGACACUUCGGCUUCACGCGCCUAUUCCAGGGAUUCAGCCACGCAUAACCCCGUCGCCAUCAACAUCAUUGGGAGGGUACGACAAUAUACCGCCAAACGUGAGAGUCAACGCCCAGGCAUAUUCACUCCACCGUAACCCCGAGGUAUUUCCUGACCCUGAAUCAUGGCAGCCACGACGAUGGCUGAAGGAUGAUCACUCACGUGAAAUGGAAGAAAUGAGAAGAUGGUUCUGGGCGUUUGGUAGCGGCGGAAGAAUGUGUGUGGGAAGUAACCUUGCUGUUCAAGAAAUGAAACUAGCGACAGCCGCAAUUUACAGUAAUUUUACGUCUAUCAUUGUAGAUGACACAGGUAUCGAGGCUAUUGAUGCGUACACUGUCAGGCCAUCGAGCAACAAGCUGAUUCUAAAGUUUGAGCAUAUUUGAGGUGACCCUAAAAAUCAGAAUGAGACAUUUAAUGCACGCCCUCGUGCAAACCUGAUUAUACUAAUUACAUGCUGCAUGUGCAGAUAAUCAACUUGCAGUUGCUUGCUUUGCGUCACUAGUGCCACCGAAUAGGCUUCUUCGGUAAAUAUUGUUCUCAAGUCCAAUCAGAGCGAAAGUGAAAGUAUCAUAGUUAUUAAUUCAAAUACUUCAU